UCCUCCUCCUCCUCCUCGCCGCCUCUCUCUGCUCUGGCUGGGACAGAAGGGAGGGAGAUGCAGCGGCAGCCCUGGCUGGGAAGCCCUGAGAUGAGGCGGAGGUCCCUGGAGCUGCUCCCUGUUUCCCAAGAUACUAAAGCCACCUGUGAAGAAGAAUCUUCAUGAAGGUGAUCAGCCAUGCAAUGUUCUUGGAAGGCUGUCCUCCUACUUGCUUUGGCCUCCAUUGCUAUCCAGUAUACAGCCAUCCGUACCUUCACAACCAAGUCCUUCCACAGUUGCCCUGUACCUAACCCAGUGAACUGCAGCCUAAAUCAGGAAGUUGAAUCAGGAGAUAGACUAUGUGAUGAAAGCCCCACUUUUGCUUACAACCUUUCCAAGAAGACACAUGUUCUGAUUUUGGCCACUACCAGAAGUGGCUCCUCUUUUGUUGGGCAGCUUUUUAAUCAGCACUUUGAUGUCUUCUAUUUAUUUGAGCCCCUCUACCAUGUUCAGUACACCUUGAUCCCAAAGCUGACACAGACCAAGGGUUCCACAGACCGACGGAUCAUGUUGGGGGCUGGCAGAGAUUUGCUGAGGAGUCUGUAUGACUGUGAUCUCUACUUCUUGGAAAACUACAUCAAACCCCAGCCAGUGAACCAUACAACAGACAGGCUGUUCCGGAGGGGAGCCAGCAAAGCUCUAUGCUCCCCACCAGUUUGUGAAACCUUGACACCCAUUGAUAUUCCUCUGGAAGAAGGGGACUGUGUGAAAAAAUGUGGCACUUUGAACCUGACAUUGGCCACUGAGUCUUGCAAAGACCACGGGCAUGUUGCUAUCAAAACUGUGCGCGUGCCAGAGGUCAAUGACCUUCGAGCCUUGGUGGAUGACCCCAGGCUCAACCUGAAAAUUAUACAACUGGUGAGGGACCCUAGGGGUAUUCUGGCUUCUAGGAGUGAGACAUUCAGAGACACCUACAGACUUUGGCGGAUCUGGGAUGGCACAGGCAGGAAACCAUAUAACCUGGAUGUUACACAACUCACUACGGUCUGUGAGGACUUUUUGAACUCAGUUUCCACUGGACUAAGCCGGCCACCUUGGCUGAAGGGUAAAUACAUGCUGGUGAGAUAUGAAGACUUGGCCAGAAAUCCCUUAAAAAAGACUGAAGAAAUGUAUGAAUUCCUGGGUAUUCCAGUGGACAGCAAUGUGGAACGAUGGAUACAGAACAACACAAGAGGGGACAGAUCUGCAGCCAAGCACAAGUAUGGGACUGUCCGAAAUUCGGCAGCAACUGCAGAGAAGUGGCGGUUCCGUCUCUCCUAUGAGAUUGUGGCAUUCACACAGAAUGCAUGCCAGCAGGUGUUGGUACAGCUGGGUUACAAACUGGUGUCCUCUGAGAAGGAAUUAAAGAACCUUUCUAUUAGCCUUGUGGAAGACAGGGAUUUCUUACCCUUCUGGUAACACAGACAUUAGGAAGCUCGUAUUCUUAUGCUGAGGCGAGCCAUUUGUAACUGUUGCCUUACUUUCCCCUUCCCCCUUAAUUCUCUGAAAUUUGCACUAAUUCUUGAAUGGGGGUCCCAAAAAACGAGUUAAGACCAAGAAGGUGCCCCCUUUCAGACCAUGAUAUGGACAAUAAGUCUCUUUAAGAGCAAGAGCUAAACAAUAAACUGUGGUAGCAAUGUUUACAAAUUACACACACAUAACAAUGUAUAAAAGGAAAAAAAGUAACCCUCAGGUUUUCCAAGCUGAAGGGCACCUGGCGGAUUUUACUUUUGCACUGUUUACUUUUACAAUGUAAGAGGUAACUAUAAAUAUAUAUAAAUAUAUAUGUCUAAUUUAUGAAUAGUGUUGUCACCUCCCACCUAAUUCCUCCUGAUUAUGAGCAGGUUUUACUGUUAGCUGAAUGUGGAAUAAUUUCCUUGUUUUUAAUCUUGUUUUGAUAUGUCUGAGUCAUGUCAUCAGGCUGGUCGCUGAUCCAUGGUUUGUUUAGUAACACCUAUGAUAUUUCUUUGUGCCAAAAAAAGGGAAAGAAAGUGGUUUUUGCUGAACAGCAACAACAGAACCUUAAUGCUUUAUCUCUGUGUU